AUGGAGAAGAAUGAUGUGGGAGGGAGUUGGGUGUUGGAGUUCCUUCUUCGGAACCCACUCCCUAACAAUAACCUAAUCAAAAAUCUGUUUAGGAUAAUUCCCGUUUCUGAUGCCAAUUCCCGCCUCAAGAAGACCCUUCUCCUUAAAACUCUUCAAGACCACUUCUCCACCCUCUCCAUCGCCGAACCCCUUCUCAAAACCCUCGAGAUCCUCGAGGAACUCCUUCGCCGCGAUGCCUCUCCGAUCACUGCCACCAUGAGCGCAGCCUACUGUGCCGUCGCGGUGGAGUGCACACUCAAGUACCUGCAACUGAAUCUCCACCACCACAACCCUGCCUACCUACGCGCCGUGAAAAGGAUAUGGCGCGCUAGGGUUCUUCACAUGAACGGUUCCGGUUCCGGCGAGGGAAGCCUUCUGUUCUCAGCGGAGUUGGAGCGGUGGAGAAGCGACAUCGAAGCUUCCCUUUCGGACUCGCAAGCGAGGGAGAGGUUGGCCUCCACCGAUACCAGAAGGGAUGCCAUCAUCAAGCUCCAGGCUUUUUUGGCCGAAGCCUGGGCUGAUUUGGGCCCUCCCUUUCUUCAGUUAGCGGCGUCGAUGCACGCGAACAAGGCCCAACAACACCACGAGGGAGAAAGUCAGAAGUCUACCGGUGCUGCUGCUGCUGAGAAAGUGCAUUUAACAACAACCAUUGAAGUCGAAAAGAUUGGGGAUUGCAGUUCUGUGGAGUUGCAAACGUUGGCUAAGGAUUCUCUACUUAAUUCAUCUGAAGUGAUUGAGGAGGCACCUAUUAAAAAGCAGAGUCAAGAGGCAGAGGUACCUUGCUCACAUGGUAUUAGUAAUAAUGAGGCUGAUCCAAUGGAAAAGGACCAAACUUCUUUGCCUCAUAAUUGUUCCCGAAGGCCUAGUUUGAUGGAAAAAAAUAGUACCGCUCGUGUUUAUGAGUGGGUUGAUUCGAUAGACGGCAUGGAGGGUGGAACAUCAAACUAUUCAAGUAGAUUUAAUUUGCCUUCUCCGAAGAGGAGAAAACUUUCUCCUCUGAAUAUGUAUAAGCCAACAGGCAUUAUAAAGAGGAGAAAAUCAAAAAAGUGGAGUCAGUUAGAAGAGGAGACUCUUAAGACUGGUGUAGACAAGUUUGGCAGGGGAAAUUGGAAGUUAAUCCUAGAUUCUUACAAAGAUAUAUUUGAAGAGAGAACUGAAGUUGAUUUGAAGGACAAGUGGAGAAAUAUGACGCGGUAUGGGUGUAAAUGA